AUUGGUCAUAUGAUUGAUCUCAUUUCACUGCGCCUUUGAGAGAUGCUCGUGUGUCUGUGCUUUGACCGGUCGAGACACUUUCAUAUUGUUGCCAGUGCGUGCAGUAUGGCUCAUUCUAACAUUAUGCGACCACGCCUUAAGUACGAUGUGCUCAAACACGUCACGUACAGUUGAGAAGGAGGGAUGCUCGUGCGUUGUGAGCAGAGGUGUAGCCAUGAAGGAGACGUCCUCCUCGCUUCACUGUAGACUGUGAAGGGACUAUGUUUGAGGCCCAGGCCCCUUACUUUGGUCCAAGUGAAUCAGGAGUGUUCACGUCAUUUCUUUUCAUAAUGGUUAAAACAAUCACAAAUGUAAGGAGAACAUAUUAGUUUGUUUUCUUCUCAGUAGCUGCAGUCGGUACUAUGUAUAGAGACACUGUAUACUUUAAAGCCACAUGAUGAGAGAGAAACAUCUGAUUACAAAGAGACUUGUUCUGGCUAAGAAAAGCUGUUAGUGAUUUGUAUUGACAUAAAAUGUUCACAAAUACCUUUUGGAGCGAGAAGUACCAUUAUAUGAAAACAAUUUAAACUUGAUAAAGAAUGCAUUAUUGCAGGAUCUAAAUGGCAUUUCAUCCCAUAUGCUAUUCACAAAAUAAGAUGUCUGUCUUUCUUAUUACAGUUCCUCACUAUCUUAGUCACCCACGGACUAGAAGCUUAAAGCUGCACUACUGCAUUGCAACUUUAAAGAUUUCACCUCAUAAAGACAUCAUUUGAUUUUUGAUUUAAAAAACUUGUCAAAAACAACCAUAGUCUGAUCUGUUGACCAAUGAGCAGUUAGGACUUGCUUUAGGACACCUUCAGUGCGGCAAUGAGCAAGUGAUGCUCUUUCACUUUCCUGACCUCCGAUUCUGUAAAAUGAAGCCGAUGCUUCUUGUCCUAAAGCUGCAUUCUCUCUACUGUCCAUCAGGGGGCGACUCCUCUGGUUGUAUAGAAGUCUAUGAGAAAAUGACUCUACUUCUCUCUGGAUUUAUUACCUCAGUAAACAUUGUAAACAUGAGUUUUUACUGUGAACUGUCAGACCUCACAGGCAUGGCACCGUCUCUCUCUCUGUUGUCCUCUCUUGUCUUUGUCUGUCCUCAUACUCUGGAGGUCAGUGAUGACAUCUCUCAGGCAUUGUCUGACACUUCCCAAUUCCUAACCGCAUUACCAUGGCAACAGGAAGAAAAGGCUCCACCUCCAAGGCCUGUGGGGUGCGUUUCCCUGACGACAACGAGCCCCCCGGCUCUCCAACACGGAGAGACGACGAGUCAAACCUCUGCACUCUCGUUGCUAUCCUAGAGAAGGAUGGCAGCUACUUGGUCAAGGCUGGUUUCCUGAAGUGCCACCACUGCUAUGAGGUUGUCUUCACCGUCCCAGAUGUCCCCACUCUGGGCAAAGAGCUCUCUUGUCUCCCUUCCUCCUCUCCAACUCGGAGGUUCCCCAACCUGCGGGUCCAUCGUAUUAACUCCACAGUGGAGGGAGGAGUAAAGGUAACGUGUGAGUACAGGACUCACCAGGAGGGGGUGCUGCAGGAGGAGAUCACUCUGGUAACCAGAGGGAGAAAAGGCAGCAGUCUGAAGGUCAGAUUCCAGGCCAAGGUCAUCGACCCACAUCACGGGACUCCCAUGCUGCUGGAGGGGGUGAGGUGUCUGGAUGCUCAGAAACACACCCACAGAAAGGACAGCAGCGACCGUGAGAGGAUAUGAUAAAAAUGAUACACACACAUAAUGUACAUGUGUCUACCACAGCGUUAUUCAGAGUCUGGGUCAGGGCCCAACACCAAAUUUGAAACCACUUCAUUGGACUUUAUAAGAAAUAAUGGGUCUGUGAUGCUAUGUUUUGCUAUUGUGGCAUUUCUAAAUAUUUGUCAGAAAAUGAGAACCUGUCAAAAACAGUGUCACAUAAAAUAUGUGCUUGAUGAUGAGGCUCUUCCACAAAAACAGGUUGAAUACCAGUCUGCAGCUCUGGAUGGGCCUUUAUCAGUUCAGAUAGCCAGGAGCCUCUGUUGGUGGAGGUACAGCGACCAGCACUCAACAGGAGCCAGCGCACACACACACACACACACACACACACACACACACACACACACACACAUCAAGCCACAGCUUGGAAAAGUAAAAGUAAUGAUCAGAGCCACACAUACGGCAAUAGACUGUAAAGUAACUGAAAAGAAAAGCAGCCCAACCAAGAAAAACUCAGAUGUUCUCAUAAUGUCCCCGUUCAUCAAAAUGUCAGUGGUGGUUUCACGAGUGUUGCUGAUCAAAGGCAGUCAUUUCUCUGUUAGAGACUUGAAGGCUUCAAAGAGCCAGCUGGCCUGGAGUCACUCACAUGUCUGAGGUAUUCUCUUAUGUUGACUACCUGCAGCCAGUAAGCAUGAAAUGCAUAAUAAGUCAAAUCUCAAUAUAGAGUUAGCUCAAAUCUACAAGAUGUAGUUAGCAGGGUUUGUGCAGGAUGACACUCUGUUUCCCAUGGCGUCCACCUCUUACUGCACCUCAUUAUUGCACAAAUACUAAUGUCAUUGUAGAAGGAGAAUUGAUUCGACUUUGGUGACGACACUUGUUCAAGUGCACUGUGGCAACAUGGCACUGUUUGCAAUAAGAGGCACUUGACUGUUCAGCAGCUUCCUUGAUAACCAGUCCACCCUGUGCUAUCAGGUGACAUGAUGGUAUGUUAUUCCUGUACUUCUAAGUAGCCAUAGAUGAAAAGAUUUCCAUAGAACUACACUGUCUGUUGUAUGUAUUUUAACUGUGGCUGGAAAUGUAACAUGUAAAAUAUAAUAUGUAUAGUAUAACGUUAAACAGCACGAUACUAGUAGAAUGAGUCAGCUUAAUAAGCAGAAAGUAUUAUCCAAAGACUUGACUGAUUGUGUUGUAGAACAGAAAAGACAAACAGUUUAUCUCUGGGCAGGAAAUGCCAUUACUGGUAUAUUUUAUUAUUAUAUUAUAUUUUAUACCUAAGAGUACUUUACAUUUUCUGUUCAGUCAAAAAACAUUUAUUUGCCUUAAGCAUCUUUUCUGUUGACAUCAGCAUAGCCUUCUUCAUGUGUAUUAUGACAGCUUACAUCAAAUAUUACAAUAAUAUAUCAUGUUUGAGGUGUUUUAAAUAUACUAUUAAUGCUGUAACAGUAAACAAGAUUGCAGUUUUCCCCUUUAUUUGCAUGAUUAAUACUGUAUGUCACAAAGUGUAACCAAUUCAACUGCCCCGACCAAAUAACGAAGUUCUGAAAAAGUGUUUACGAUACUUACAGGUUUUGUUCAGCAGGAUAAUUUUCAUAAAUGUGCACCACUUUUAUGAUUUUUGAAGCAUGAAUACAAUCAGCAGACAUAAAAAGCUAACGUUAGGCUAUAAAGGAACUACAACACGGUCACAUGACUUCACGUCUCCACCACUAAGCUAAAGGAGGACGAGGGAACUGGAGGUGCAAACAUGUUGAGUCAUUUCCUGUUUUAACUGGAAAGAGUGUAUUUUUUAAUCACAAGUAGUGACAUUUAUUUAGACUAGAAGACAUGACCUAAUAAAUAUGGAACCUACUAAAUAUACCUUAGCAACCUACAAUGACAACUGUCCCCACAAAAUGUAGCUAAUUGCAUCACAUAGUUUUCAGAUGAGCAGUUAGCAGCUAGCCCAUUAGCGGCUGAUUGUACUAGUCAGAGGCUGCUCAGCUCCAAACUAUGAUGUACUUAAAAGCUGUUCACCAUUAAAGCUCUGAGUCUAAACCUCCAGGAUUUAUGUCUGUUUAGUAGUUUGACCCGUCAGUCUACAAAUCUAACAGCGACGUUAGCUCAAGCAGAGAGAGAACAGAGCUGUCAAUAGUAUCAUUAGGGUCCUUGGUCUGAUUGCUCUUGGACUAAGGUAGAUAACUAAGUUAUCAAUGAAUAUGACAUCACCUUUGAACAUUGACGAUUAUAUUAAAAAAAUAAGUCAAUUAUACCAGUACCACAUUAGCAGUGUACUACUACAUCAUAAUUACUAAAGGUAAGAUCAGUUUUUGUUUAUGUCACUAGUUUAUUUGGCCCGAGAAGUUGAAGUUUUUAUUGACAAUAAUUGCAAUUUAAAUCACAAUAUUUUUUCCCUCAAAUUGUUCAACCCAAGUGGCCGUUUAGCAAAGCUUAGCUAAGGCUAGUAGCUUCAUAGUAACACCAGUGGCCUGUUACUCAACAUGAAUGUUUACUGGAAGUGUUAGAAUGGAGCUCCAAUGCUUCUGAUCUAAAGACACAUUAACGACCAAACAUGACAAGUGCGAAGACAUUUCCUGUUUGUUUAGACAUUGUUGAUGGUGGAAGUGCUGCUGUAUGUGGUGCUCUGACUGUGACCUGUCACCAUAUGUUUGUGUCAUUUUGCACUUGUGCCCAUCAAGACAAUACCGCUUGUUCACUUGAUGUCAAUAAAGUAUCCUCUCACAUGUGUACUGUACAAGCUCA